AUGCGGUUUUUCGUUGUUGUGAUGCGCGUCCUGUCACCGCUGUGGGUCCUUUUGUUGCUCGCCAGACCCGGAGCACGUGCUCAGCUCGAUGACUUCGACUACUGCAUCCGGCGGACACCGUCGCCUGGAUUGCUGCAAUGCGCCGGACAGCAGGCCCUGUCGUCGCUGCAGUUCCUCGAGGAGGCCAACAAUUUCACGCUCACCGGCGGCCUACUGAUGCUCAAGGACGAGUCGCUGCCCUCGUCGCGCAUAAUUCCCAACUUCAUCGAUCGGGACCCGCUGGACUUCAGGGGCAUACUGGAGAAUGCGGGUGCCGUCAUGGCCCAACGGCAGAUGCUCUGGGACAUGGGCAUGAUCUACCCCGGCUUGAAGCUGAAACUCGGCCCGACAGCCGGAGCUGUCGGCAUUUUGGAAUUCGUGCUGGACCCUUCCGCGCAGAAUGACGAACGGUCGUUGUUCGAGGAAAAAUCAACAGCUCGCAUACUGACCAAAAGCUUCGUGGUGCCGUUUCUGUUGGGCCUAAAGUUCAAUCUGGCAACACUGCUACCGCUGGUGUUCGGCGGGCUGAUCCUACUCAGCAAAAAAGCGCUAAUCCUGGGCAAGAUUGCCCUCUUCCUGUCCGGCAUGUUCGGCUAUGGGUCGUUCUUUGCGCCGUCCUUCGGCGGUUUCGGGGGUUAUGGCGGUGGUUUCGGUGGAGGCUUCGGUGGGGGUGGUGGCCAUCACGGGGGCUACGGUUUCGGUUCGAAACCGUUCCGUUACAACAACCCGUUCGCCGACAAUCCGGACUUUGACAACCAGCACCACCACCACCAGCAUCAUCAUGACGACCAUCAUCACAGCGGUGACUACCACGCAGGGUCGCCGUCAUUGGACUCGGACCAAACCAGCGGCGGGUACUACAAGAAGAAGGACAAAUUCCUCAACCUGGACGAACGCAUACAACCGCAAGCCUCGUCGAUGGUGGACAAGUUUUACGACUACGAGAAGCAGCAGAUGCUGAAGGACCGCACGGCUCGGCUGUUUGAGCGGAAGUUCUACGAGAAGGAACAGCAGGUCGGUGGCGGGCCCGGUGCAGGGUAUCCCUUCGUGACGGCUGACCAUACCACCGAGCGGAACGAGCGAUCGCUGCCGGAGGCUGGGGCGCUAGGCGGAAACACGGCUGGCCGCAACUUCGCAUGGAGUAGCGACCAAUAG